ACGAAUUGAAACCGAAAGGACCGACACCAAAGUCGAUCGGCUGAGCCUCAAGUUGAGCUCGGAGCAAAGCGUUGCUGCCGUUGGUAGGGUUUUAAGCUCGGCUUGGAAGGAACCCAGGCCAGGGAAGUGGAUGCGGAACGUGGACGUGGGAUCGAUCGCUAUUGGACACGCUGACGGACUGACCGACUGACCGACCGACCGACCGACCGACUGACUGACUGACCAAGCUCCCCCGAGCUCCUCCCAAAUGUGGAUGUAAACUAGCAACCAAUACAAGCUCAAUAACUCCCCACAAGGGGGGAAGGGGAAGGACAGGAUCAGGCAUCAAGGACAGCAGGAUAACCAAAGAGAGAGAGAGCACACACUCAAUAAUAAUCCAUCCAGGCAGAUGCAAUAGGUCAACAGGAGCAGGAGUAGGAGUCGCAGGAGUCGCAGGAGUUGCCAGAGUCCGAGAGCCUCUCGAGCCAAAACCAUGAUGCCCAGUCGCGUCAAACUGAAAUGCGAAUGGAGGUGUUGCACCGAACAGACGAGGAGGAGGCACCAACAAUACCACCAUAAUAGUAGUUGUAGUGGGAACAUCACUUGGAACACUGCCAGCAGCCAACAACAGAAACAGAAACAGAAACAAAAGCACAAUAGCAAUAGCAAUAGCCACAAACACACAAGAUCCUUCCCUCAAUCACCGCCUCUAUCAAUCACGCUCAAUGCCCAUGCCCUGCUCCUUUUGGUGGUCCUGCUCGGUGUCCUGAUCCUGGAUAGCUGCCAUGGCCUCCGGCUGACCAAUGGUGGCAGCAGUCUCAGUAAAAGCGCCGCCGCCAACAAGGAGCAACUCAACAUUGGCCUGAUAGCACCGCACACGAACUUUGGAAAGCGAGAGUAUCUGCGGAGCAUCAAUAAUGCCGUCACAGGACUAACCAAGACACGUGGAGCCAAGCUGACCUUCCUCAAGGACUACUCCUUUGAGCAGAAGAACAUACACUUUGAUAUGAUGUCCCUGACGCCGAGUCCCACAGCCAUCUUGAGCACCUUGUGCAAGGAAUUCCUGCGCGUAAAUGUCUCCGCCAUCCUGUAUAUGAUGAACAACGAACAGUUUGGACAUAGUACUGCCUCUGCUCAGUAUUUCCUUCAAUUGGCGGGUUACUUAGGCAUACCGGUCAUCUCAUGGAAUGCCGAUAACUCGGGUCUGGAACGUCGUGCCUCCCAGUCAACUCUGCAACUCCAGCUGGCACCGAGCAUUGAGCAUCAAAGUGCCGCCAUGUUGAGCAUCCUGGAGCGUUACAAGUGGCAUCAAUUCUCGGUGGUCACCUCUCAGAUCGCAGGACACGAUGACUUUGUCCAGGCAGUGCGAGAACGUGUGGCCGAGAUGCAGGAGCAUUUCAAAUUCACCAUUCUCAACUCCAUUGUGGUGACACGAACCAGCGAUCUGAUGGAGCUGGUGAAUAGCGAGGCGCGGGUUAUGUUGCUCUAUGCCACCCAAACGGAGGCCAUCACCAUACUAAGGGCCGCCGAGGAGAUGAAGCUAACGGGGGAGAACUAUGUGUGGGUGGUCAGUCAAUCGGUGAUUGAGAAGAAGGAUGCCCAUUCGCAGUUUCCGGUGGGAAUGUUGGGUGUACACUUUGAUACCUCCAGUGCGGCUCUGAUGAAUGAGAUAUCGAAUGCUAUUAAGAUCUAUAGCUAUGGCGUGGAGGCUUAUCUCACGGAUCCAGCGAAUCGAGGUCGAAGGCUCACCACUCAAUCGUUGUCCUGCGAGGAUGAGGGUCGCGGUCGCUGGGAUAAUGGUGAAAUCUUCUUCAAGUACUUGCGCAAUGUGUCCAUCGAGGGUGACCUGAACAAGCCCAAUAUUGAGUUCACAGCAGAUGGAGAUUUGCGUUCCGCAGAGCUCAAGAUCAUGAAUCUCCGGCCGAGUGCCAACAAUAAGAAUCUCGUGUGGGAGGAGAUUGGAGUGUGGAAAUCGUGGGAGACCCAAAAGCUGGAUAUUCGCGACAUUGCAUGGCCUGGCAACUCACAUGCCCCGCCCCAGGGUGUGCCGGAGAAGUUCCAUUUGAAGAUCACAUUCCUCGAAGAGGCACCCUAUAUCAAUCUGUCGCCCGCGGAUCCGGUGAGUGGCAAGUGCCUAAUGGAUCGCGGUGUGUUGUGCCGGGUGGCCGCCGAUCAUGAGAUGGCCGCCGAUAUUGAUGUCGGUCAGGCACACCGCAACGAGUCCUUUUAUCAAUGCUGCAGCGGCUUCUGCAUCGAUCUGCUGGAGAAGUUUGCCGAGGAGCUGGGCUUCACCUACGAACUGGUGCGGGUCGAAGAUGGUAAAUGGGGUACCCUCGAGAAUGGCAAGUGGAACGGCCUGAUCGCCGAUUUGGUUAAUCGCAAAACGGACAUGGUUCUCACAUCGCUGAUGAUUAAUACGGAACGUGAGGCAGUUGUUGAUUUCUCCGAACCCUUUAUGGAAACGGGCAUUGCCAUUGUGGUGGCCAAAAGGACGGGUAUUAUCUCGCCCACUGCCUUCCUGGAACCCUUCGAUACUGCAUCCUGGAUGUUGGUGGGAAUUGUGGCCAUCCAGGCAGCCACAUUCAUGAUCUUCCUAUUCGAAUGGCUAUCGCCCAGUGGCUAUGACAUGAAGCUAUAUCUGCAGAACACCAAUGUAACGCCAUAUAGGUUCUCCCUGUUUCGAACCUAUUGGCUGGUGUGGGCCGUACUCUUCCAGGCUGCCGUUCAUGUGGACUCACCGCGUGGCUUCACUUCGCGUUUCAUGACCAACGUUUGGGCCCUCUUUGCUGUGGUAUUUUUGGCCAUCUACACUGCCAACCUGGCCGCCUUCAUGAUAACCAGGGAGGAGUUCCACGAGUUCAGUGGGCUCAAUGAUAGCCGCCUGGUGCAUCCCUUCUCCCACAAGCCGUCCUUCAAGUUCGGCACCAUCCCCUAUAGCCACACGGAUUCCACCAUCCACAAGUACUUCAAUGUCAUGCACAACUAUAUGCGACAGUACAACAAGACCAGUGUGGCUGAUGGAGUGGCCGCUGUGCUCAAUGGCAACCUGGACUCCUUCAUCUACGAUGGCACUGUACUGGAUUAUCUGGUUGCCCAGGAUGAGGAUUGCCGCCUCAUGACCGUGGGCAGUUGGUAUGCCAUGACCGGCUACGGACUCGCCUUCAGUCGCAACUCCAAGUACGUGCAGAUGUUCAACAAGCGACUGCUUGAGUUCCGGGCAAAUGGGGAUCUGGAGCGACUGCGUCGCUACUGGAUGACGGGCACUUGUCGGCCCGGGAAGCAGGAGCACAAAUCCUCGGAUCCCUUGGCAUUGGAGCAGUUCCUUUCGGCAUUCCUCCUGCUGAUGGCAGGGAUCCUGCUGGCGGCACUGCUGCUGCUGCUGGAACAUGUCUACUUCAAGUACAUAAGGAAACGUUUGGCCAAAAAGGAUGGUGGUCAUUGUUGCGCCCUCAUAUCCCUGUCGAUGGGCAAGUCGUUGACUUUCCGCGGAGCGGUAUACGAGGCCACCGAGAUCCUGAAGAAGCAUCGCUGCAAUGAUCCCAUUUGUGACACGCACCUGUGGAAGGUGAAACACGAGCUGGACAUGUCCCGGCUGCGUGUCCGGCAGCUGGAGAAGGUGAUGGACAAGCAUGGGAUCAAGGCGCCGCAAUUGAGGCUGGCCUCCUCCUCGGAUCUGCUGAACCAUCAUCAUCUAAAGGAACGGCCACCGUUGCUGGGCAACCUGAGUCUUGCCGCCAGCGCCCAAGAUCUAUACAGGUGGUCGUACAAGACGGAAAUCGCCGAAAUGGAGACGGUGCUGUGAAGUGGAAGUGAAAUGAACUGCGGCACUGGGGCAGAUGUUCCUGCCAUCCUAGGACGAGUGUGUCUAAUCAAAAUCAACGUUUCAAAUAAAAUGUAAACUGAAAGCUUUCGAAAAGUUAAGAGAAAUGGAUACAAGAUAGGGCGAGUUAGAGAGUUAGCGAGUUAGCAAAGGAGAGCGAGUUAGCAAGGAGAAGUGAAGAAGUACCCAAAGCGCCUCACACGAAAGACGACGAGCAACCGCAGCCAUGAAACCCAAAGAUUGUAUAAAGUUAAACUAAAUGUAAAACAGUAAAAACAGUAAAAACCUAAACUUAACUUAAAAUGAAGGAAGAAACAAACAAACCCAAGCAGCCGCCUAACGAGUAAUUCAUAAAAUAAGUUUUAAAAGCAAAUCGAACGAACGAGAGAGCGUAAGGAGCGAGAAGCGAGAAGCAAGAAGCGAGAGAUCAACCGUUACACUUUUGGCGAUUGAACUGUUAAACGUUAACAAGAAAGAGGCAGCGAGACACGAAGAAGAUGAGAAUAAUCAGUCCCAUGAGAAGGAUGCUGUAUGUGUAUGUAAUCCGUUUGAUUGUUUGUAAUCGUUGUUUUGUUUGUUGUCUUUUUUUGGAUAGUAAUAUUUAUGAGGAAAAAAAAACAAAAUCAUACCCAAACGAGGGACGCGCAGGCUGCCACGCCCAUUAUAAAAUAUACACAUUAACAGA